AACCCCCCUGCCAACGACGGAAAGCCCACCAAACCCGCGAAGCCCGAGCCCACUAAGCCUACCAAGCCCCACACUGAGUCUCCUCCGGAUGUUGAUGACGUGCCUGAUGUCGAUGACGACCUACCUGAUGUUGACGACCUGAAGAACAAGGGAGGCAAGGAUGCCGCUGCCCCUGCUCUUCUGGGCACGGAUCUGAUGGGCCUUCUGAAUGGUCUGAAAAAUGCCAACCAGGCUGAACUUGCGUCGGGUCCAUCGGAUUGA